CUUAAAGAUUGUCAACAAAUUCUUCAAUUUUAUGGCCUCACCUCUGAUGGUGAUAAAACAUACUUAGUAACUGAAUGGGCAGAAUUGAGAAAUUUGAAAGAAUAUUAUACGGCUUAUAAACCUAUAGGUGUUAAAAAGAAAUUAAGGAUUGCUAUUGAUAUUGCUCGUGGAUUGAAUUUUUUAAGAGCAGUUGAUAUUAUUCAUCGAGACAUAAGAUCAGAAAACAUUUUGAUCACUCAUCAUGAAACUGCAAAAAUUGCCAACUUUUAUCUGAGUAGGCAUUUUUAUGAUGAUACGAAAAACCUUGAAGCAACCCAAGAUACAGUUCGUUAUGCAGCACCAGAGAUUUUACGUAAAAGAGAUUCAAAAUACACUACAAAAUGUGAAAUAUUUAGUUUCGGCAUUCUUUUAUGGGAAUUGGCAGAGGAAAGGACUCCUUACGCGCAAUAUUCAGAUUUAAUCGAAAUCAAGGAGCUUGUAGUGGAUAAAAAAUAUCGAGAAAGAAUACAGAAAUAUUUCAAUCCAAG